GGAGCGCGAGGGACGGGGAAACUGGAAAAUAGGCAUUGUAUUGUAUUAUUGUAACGGUCAAGAAAGCCUGCUGCCUCCGUGCGGCGAUGAUUCAUGUCCACCACACCCUCCGGUAGUAUAUAUAUGUUCUCAUGGCCAUCCCAUGCGCUCACGUCCCAUGCCCCCGUUUCCCUUACUAGAUACCCCAGAUUAUUUAUUAGUAGCCAUAGAGCAGUAAUACAUAUCUCACCACCACCACCACCAUCAUCAUCAUCAUCAUCAUCUACAGCUCUCCACAAACUUUCUACUAGAGCAACGAGAUAUCAUCGACUUGCCGCAUCCACUACUGACUUACACGCGAAAUCGACCCGUAACAGCUUUGGGACGAAGACCCGCACUCACGAAGAUCCCGACUAGAGAGCCCUUUUGAAGGAAAGGAAGAUCUUUCACUACUACGAAACCCACAUUCAAAAUGUAUAGCCCAUACGGCUCUUACAGCUCCAUGAGUGAGGUCACUCAACCCAUGGAGAUCCCUACUACCAGCUAUCUCUCCCACAACGGCGCCUACAGCGCUAGUUGCGCGUUCCCCUCGUGGCCGCGACGCUCGUCUCUUACCGACUCUGCACACGAGCAGCGAGCAACCUCUUACCUCUCCGAUGAUGACCUAUUCCCAUGCGACCUAGAGGACGACGCGCACAGCAUCUCCAGCUCGGGUAGCACGACGCCUACCUCUCCCGCCAUCGCUAACGAGGUCGACCUACUACAAAUGCAGCGCGAGCAGAUGGCUAUGCAACGCGAAGCCAUCAAGUUCCUCCUCAACGAGAAGGAGAGGAGAAAGCAGCAACUCAAGCGCCAACGUCGCAGCAGUGGCGGCAGCUCUAAGAAGAGCAGCCCCAAGUCUACCAAGUCGGCGCACCUCGACGCCAUCGCCGAGACUGGCGAGUGAGCACCUUUUUUACUUUCGUGACAAUCCAGCGUUUUUAAUGAGUAUGACUUUACAACCUUUACGACUAUUAUGAUGAUUAUACCCCUAAGAUACCCCCGAUCAAGUCGCCAAUAGACGAGUGACGCAGCGCCACGGAUACAUGUUCCGUCCCGCGCCACGCGGAUAAUGGUGAUGAAGUGCUAGUGCACACUACAUUACACCCACGGCUUGCAUAGGAAUCAUAGUCAUUCCAGCGCCGCCGUCGCCACCACCACCGCCGCCACCAUCACUCUCCCCCCCUUUUUAUACAUAUAAUCAUUUGGGAAUCGAUAUCUACACAUGCCGCCAGACGCCACUUGGGGCGACUCUGGGAAGACGUAUCUCAGCUACUUUCGGCCUAGAGCAUACACUUUCGCGGCACAUUUUUGAGAGGAACGAGGAAUUUUACAAGUGCGUUUGCGUUGUUGGUGUGUUGCUGUCUGGAGGAUAAACCCACCCACCUAUACCUACCCACCUUACCCACCCGCAUUACCAAGAGGCCUUUCCCGAGGCAGGGGUGCGGGUUU